GAUGAAGAUGAACACAACGAUGGAGACUCAGAAAACGUAGCCAUGGUGGACGGCAGCACGCGACCAAGGCAACGAGGAAAGAAAGAAAGAAGGAACCCAUCAGCAUCAUCAGCAGCAGCAUCAUCGCCAUUGCAUUUUUCUCACCUGCACCUCCUCCACAUCCAUUGAUUCACCAUUGGAUUCACCUUCUCCCUGCUGCUGCUGAAGGUGAUUGUCGGAGGUGGUGUAGGAUUCGAGCCCUUAGGCUUCUUCUUCUUCUGCAGCAGAGGGCCGAUGAAGCGGAUGAUGUCGGAGAGUAAUGAGCCUGCCUGCUAUUUUCUGACAUGCUUUUCCUUCGUCUUGACUCUGAGCUCCCCAAGUUGAAGGCUUUCCUCUGCAGUAUUUAUCAUUGAGGUUGAGAGCAGCUUUUUUUGUACCUGGGUUGUUUCUGGGACGAUAGAUUCUAGCGUGGUGGUGAUGGUGGCCGUGGUCGUAAUUCAGCGGUGAUUGCACUUCGUCCUUCAGUCUGCCCAGACCUUCGUGUGGAAGAGCCGAGUGUGGUCAUGGCGGCAGGGACAGUGAGAGCUGGCAUGGACCUGGCCAUGGAGCCAGUGGACGAAGGAGAGUGUCGUAGGAACAGGUGAAGUUCGCGAACUAGGGUUGCCGCUACUGAGUGGAGGCAAGUCAGCGUUACGUUAGAGCCUGCGCAAAUGAAGCGCUCGCAAGGGAUAUUAGAAUUGCGCGCUUGAUAGCUGCAGUUACAGACACGAACAUGGAGUUGCUUACAAGCUCUUCGACAGCCGAAGCCAGGGAUUGUGGGUGUAUUCUCUAGAGUAUGAAACUGGUAGCGGCGAGGGAGAGCAGUCGAACACGAUGGCGCAAGGGAUGGCUCACAGACAGGCGCUGGAGACAACAACGCUGCCCGGACACGGGAUGCGAGUGACAAGACGGGCAAUCCUCGGCAGACGCGCUGCGCCCUCCACGCCAGUGCCCAGCUGGAAAGUUUUUAACAACCAACUCUAUAAUCGCAUGGGCAGGGCACUCCCUACGUCGGCGAGGAAACUCGGAGCUUCUCUGUGGGAAUUGCAAGAUCUCCCUCCUCUGGCGCACUUCCCUGCUUGUGUAUAUAGUCCUAAUUGGAUUCCCUACUCGCAAAGAAGUAGUUCGGAUUCCAUGAGCCCCUACUCCCAACCUGACAACGCGCGAUCUCCACCAGGCUACCACCACCAUUUGAAGACUGGAUCAAAUGGUAGCUUGCAAAGGCAUCUGCAGAGACUGCUGAAUCGAAGCAACAUGGAGACGAAUGACACGGUCGAUAGGCGGCGAAAUGUGCCGUGCGCAUUAUUUAGUGGGGCGAGGAGGGGGGAUGAGUCUACAACAAUGACACAGAAGCUGCUGAAGAUGUUCAGUCAGCUACGGCUGCUGGAGGAUCAGCACAGCGCGGGACUGAGUCUGAUAAGCGCGCUGCAUGGGGAACUUCUGCAAGUACAAGCGCGAGUAAGGGAGUUGGAGCAGCCGCAGCAGAAUGCACGGCGUGAAGUAGAAGGGCUGAUGAAGAAGUUCGCUGACGAGAAGAUGGUAUGGAAGGCGAAGGAGAAGGAGAGGAUCAAAGAUGCAAUGCGGGCAGUGAGGGAUGACCUCGAGGAGGAGCGGAGUGCAAGGCAAAGGCUAGAGAGCGCCAACCGGAGAUUGACAAAGGAGCUUUUAGAGGCCAAAACGGCAACUGCCAAGGCUCUCCAGGAGCUAGAGAGCGAGCGCAAGGCGCGCCAGCUGAUGGAGGAGGUAUGCCACGAGCUGGCGCAGGAGACCGGCGGCGACAAGGCCGAGGUGGAGGAGAUGAAGCGAGAAUCUCAGAAGGUGAUGGAGGAGCUCGAUGAGGAGCGUCGCAUGCUGCAGCUGGCGGAGAUCUGGCGCGAGGAGCGCGUCCAGAUGAAGUUGAGUGAAGCAAGGUUGACUCUCGAGGAGAAGAGCGCCGCUCUAGAUGCCAUGCGCGGCGAGCUUGAAUCCUUCCUCCGAUUGAAACCCGGCGAUCCCACCGCCGCAACCUCGGACGACACUGCUCUUAGAGAAGCCCAAGUCCUUCACGAUUUUCUGAAUGCAAUCCAGCAGAACAUCGUCACUACCAUCUCCAGCUCCUUAAUUCUCGACACAGCUCAGUCAUCAAGUCAAGUAGAACAGAGAUCUAGUCCUAGACACGUUGAGACGGAGACCAGGCCAAAGUUUUACCCCGAAGACUUACCAGAUGCGGAUUAGUUAUUAAUUGAAGCUGCGGCCAUUGUAAGCAAUCUGAUAUUUGGGGCGAUGGUAGAAAGCGGAAACAUGGGUAUUAGUCCCUCGCCUGUACAGAUGAUAUUCUUAAGAGACGAUAUUAUUUUGUUUAACUUGAAGCA